UCAAAGUCAGGGAGGCUGCUGGCCCUAGCCAAAAAGAACAACCAAAAAGAAUCGCUCGCGAUCGUCAUCACUGUCAGACCACACAAAUAGGAAAGGAAAAAAAGGAGUGCUUGUGACUUUCAGCAGGGACAACGAAAUCUGGCUCCGGGAAAGUGGUGUCUAUUAUCCUGCGCGCGAGGGGAGAAAGGAAUUCGGAGUGAAAAGUGAUUCGGCUUUUGAGCUUGAGGAAGAAAAACAACGCGCAUCGGGCCUCGAAGAAAACGCCCUGCGAUUGGGGCUCUCCUCUUGGCAGCAGCAGCAGCACAAAGUACUGUCAGCAGCACACAAGAAAGAGAAGAGACCGGAAAAUUUUCAAAGCAAGAAGCACAAAAAGUGAACAAGUGGAUUUUCAAUGUUUUUUUUCGCUUCUCCGUUUUUUCUCUGCGCGUUGGAUUUUUGAGCUUUGAACCGAUGAGUUGGUGCUGCUAGAGCGUGUGAAUUUCCGGGUGGAGGACCGCGUUCCGGAUUUGGACUGGUCAUCGGGAGCAGGAGAGCAGGGAGGCGGAUUUUGUUGAUGUGAUUUGUGCAUGAGUCACUGCCCUGUCGGAGGAGGAAGAGCAGCGCAGCAGCUUUGUGUCCUCCCAUCUUCUCAGUAAACACGGCAAGAGGGGAGACCGGGGAAGGUUAGCUGCUUCACUUUUGGCAAAUUGUUAAGUAAUUAACUCCUUCCUACUCGCGACGCAAGAGUGCUGUGUGUGUGUGUGCGUUCGCGCGAGUGUGUAUGUGUGUGCAACAGUAUUUGACGACGACGACGACAAGGAGCGUCCGGGAUUAAUCAAACACACAAAAAAAGAAGAAAGAAAAAAGCACAAAAGAACGCGAAGAAACGACGUCGAGCGUACACAUAAUCAACAUAAUCAAAGAACGGAGAAGAGAGCCCCCUCGAGGCCAAAGUCAUCCAGCACCAACAACAACAAAGGGUGAAGCAAAGGGGGUUUUGGCGUUGCAUGGUGCCGGAGUCCGCCGCCGUGGCCAACCCGUAGCGUAACCCCAUUCCCGGAAAGCAACGUUAAACGACAGACAGACGGGCAGGCAACAAAAAUGACCGAGUACAAACUGGUGGUGGUCGGUGCCGGAGGCGUUGGCAAGUCCGCCCUCACGAUACAGCUCAUCCAGAACCACUUUGUGGACGAGUACGAUCCGACCAUCGAGGACUCCUACCGGAAGCAGGUGGUGAUUGACGGUGAAACGUGUUUGUUGGACAUCCUGGAUACGGCCGGUCAGGAGGAAUACUCAGCCAUGCGAGACCAGUACAUGCGAACCGGGGAAGGCUUUCUGCUGGUGUUUGCAGUAAACAGUGCCAAAAGUUUCGAAGAUAUAGGAACGUAUCGAGAGCAAAUUAAGCGCGUCAAGGAUGCCGAAGAAGUCCCCAUGGUUCUCGUUGGCAACAAAUGUGAUCUCCAGGCAUGGGCCGUCGAUAUGAAUCAGGCGAGAGAUGUGGCGAAGCAGUACGGGGUACCAUUUGUCGAAACGUCCGCCAAGACCAGAAUGGGAGUCGAUGAUGCCUUUUACACGCUCGUUCGCGAGAUUCGCAAGGACAAGGAAAGAGGGAAGAAAAACAAGAAGCACAACAAGCUUGGCUCGAGCCGUCGAUUCAAGUGUCGGUUGCUGUAAUUUUUUCAAAUCUAUUUUAUUUUUUCUUGUGAAAAUCAAGUGCUGCCCAAUAAUCACGUUUUACAUCAUGAUCUACGACGCAAAUGAAAAAGAAAAGAAAAAUUAAAAAAAAAAAACAAGAAAGUAACGGUUUGCAAUGAAAUUGGCUAACCUUUUCCAAGACCGCACAAACUAACACUCAGAUAUGCAGUGUUGUUACCGCCUCUUUGUAAUACUUUGCGGGGAAAGAUCAUGGAAUGCAUGAAAAGCGUGGUAACAAACGGAAGAUUUAAUCUACAUUUGUCUGCUAAUACUUUAGAUUUUUGCUAUUACUGUAUCGAAAUUAUAUUCUUGUUACGCAAAACAAUAGAGCGAGCUAGACGCGCGCCCGUGCGCAGAACGAGAGAACGAAUCCUGUGCAAGAGAAACGCGCACAGGAAGAAAGCAAAAAGAGACGUAAAUGAUAAGUGAAAAUUAGCUUUAGACAGAGACAGUAAUGCUUUUAUUUUUAUUUUUCUACACUAUGCAAUGUAUUUUAACUUUUAUCAUUUUUUAUCAAUCAAUAGCGCUAAACAUUAUCGGUAACUUAACCGACAGUCGAAGGAUAAUCUGCAGUCACAAUCGUUUAUCUGUUUUUCUGUAGUUGCAAUUGUUUUGUCUAAAUAAAUCUCCUGACAAAAAAACGGGAGCAACCAAUUCUCAUGAGCAAUCCUUUAAAAACCAACACAGACAGUACCCAUUUCAGCAACUUCCGCUCACAUUGUUCUCUCAAAAUACCGUUUACACACACAUACACAAGUGAUAGGGAUUGUUUCGUUGAUGAUCGUUUGAACGAGUUGCUUUUUAUCAGUUUCUACUAAAUUGUUUUACACCGUAUUAUAAACUAUGUGAAUAAUUAUAACAAAACCGUGAAUUCGCAUGCACAACAAUUCUUAUAAACAGUAUCAAAUCCAAUAAACAUUUGCUUAUAAGCACCUAAAAACAUUCAAAAUGUUUGCUAUCCUAUAAUCCAGUUCUAGCAUCAAUCAGGAAGCGCCGAUUGCAACCAGAACAGUGUUGUAUUCGAUCUGCUUUUUACACGCAAAAAAAAACAUCAGAUGGUACCAUCUUAAAAAUGCCAUCUUCCACAACCUCGCUAACGCUAGAGGAGCAGACAUGUCUAUCCUCUAGCGUUAGAGAGAGAGAAAAAGCCCAAACUGAAAGUUUACUCAACACACUAACACUCAAAACCAAGUCUAAAUCGUGAGUAUCAUUGUAUGUUGUCAAAAUUAAUAAAAGCGAAAGCACAUUUCGAUUAUGGAUCGGCUGUUUAAACACAAAACCGCGCGCAAAACAAAACAAAAAAAGAAAAUGCAACUCGGGGUAAUGAAAUGAAAGAUGAAACGAAAAGAAACAAAAAAACAUAAAUUGAUGAGACAAAAAAUUCCAAAACUUUCACACAUCCAUUUGAAAUGAAAUGAAGAAAACAAAACUAAGGAAACAAAAGCAGGCAUAUUUUAGUAAAAAGAUUCAAUCGGGAAAAAGUGAAGAAAGCAAGAAAUAAAAGGGAUGAACCUGUUUAGUAAUUAUUACAGAAAACAAACUAAUCUAGGGGAACGAACAGUACAGCGUUCUACUUAAGCAUUGGUGGUCUACGAUGAUGCACUACUCUCGACGACUGCCUCUACAAUUCAACUAAAAAAAAAACUACAUCAAAGAGCUUUGCAGUUAUCGAAAACAAGUACUGUACGUGAGAAAAAUACAACUAUAUUAACAACCCGCGCGAGCGCAUAAGGUAGACCCUACUGAUGAUUAAGCAAAUCACUGUAAAACGACGAAUGUAGCAAAAAUAUUGAAUAAAUAAAAUUGAUGAAACAUAUUCAAUCUAA